AUGGCUCACAAAUACUUCCAAAAUAAGUGCCAGUGGCGCAACCCACCACGAGGUAAGAAGUGUGGUCUUGUAAGCAACAGCCUUGGAAAGAAUUAUGCGUGCACUCAGGCGUCUGACGACAAAUCUUCCAUAAUCAUUCAGAGCAGCAAUGCAUCAGGCUGGGCUCCGAGCUACUGGCAUUCGGCUGCGAAAAAGCUCCAACAGCCACCGAAAGUUUACUGUCAUACAAUACCAAACGACCCAGUAAUACCAGAGCCAGAAACAUCAACCCCGGAAACAAUAAGACCACCACCCACAGGCCCCGAGCAGAUAACAGGCGCCCCAGAUUGCGCUACAGAUGGUACACCAAGAGGACAUUGCGUGUUAUACGAAUACUGCUCAAAGUUAGACACAGCUUUGUCUGUAAUGAUUUUCCAUAAUUUUGUAGAAAGAUACGGAUGCGGAAAGGUCAAAGACGGCAAAACAGGAAUCUGCUGCCCGAUUGAUUGAAUAUAGCCUGGCGACUCUCUCUGGCUCCAUAGGCGAAGGAAAGGUGGAAUGGCAGAGCCCGUGCACCGAAGGCAGAUUUAAACAACUUGCUGUAUUUUUGUAACCCUGGGGCAAGAAACUUCACUGCUGGUUGCGCUUAAAGGAUAACGUCUUGAAUCUUACACAGAAAUACACAGAGUAACCACCUGUUACGAGGAUUCUGUAUCAAUAAGAUUUUGUAAUUUACGAUUUGUUUAUCAGCUGACAGUA